AUGCGAGCAAUCUCCCUACUAUCCGCAGCCCUUCUCGCUGCUUCAGUUGAAGCCACUCCGGUUUCGAGAAGGGAUACAACCUAUGUCGGUUACCUGGUGUCGACUUUUACCGAUGCUACACCUCAGGUUCAGCAAUAUCUUUCAAACGGCAACAAUGCCUACAGCUUUCGGUUUCUGAAUGACGGAAGUCCGGUUCUUGCUUCCACGGUAGGCACGCAGGCAGUACGGGAUAUAUUUCUUGCAACAAACACGGCAAGGUCGGAUUAUUACUUGUUGGCAACUGAUCUCGACAUCAAUGCUUCCGGAUUUUCAUGGGAUGCGGCAACACGCACGGGGUCUCGCGGGAUCGUCGUCUGGAGCUCAAGCGAUCUAGUCACCUGGUCAGCAUCGAGCCUCGUCACCAUCGAGGCCGAUACGGCGGGCAUGGUGUGGGCGCCGUCGGCCGUCUGGGACGAUGCCACGUCGCAGUACUAUGUCUUUUGGUCCUCGAGACACUACUCUGCCGACGACGCGGGCCACACGGGCACGGCCACGCUCGACAAGAUCCGGUACGCGACAACGACGGACUUUGUGACGUUUAGCUCGCCCGCCGACUACGUGGCCCUCGACGACACUCCGCUGAUUGACCAGGAAUUCCAGUAUCUGGGCACGUCGGGCAGCUACGCUAGGUUCUUGAAGAAUGAGACGACGUUGCAGGUCUAUGAAGAGACGACUACAGAGGGUCUGUUUGGAACCUGGACGCGGGUUGGCGGCUAUGUGACGACGGACAGUCCGCGCGAAGGCCCUUUGAGUUUCGAGGAUAACUCGACGCCUGGGCUGUACCAUCUGUGGCUGGACAACUAUACCGAGUACGUACCGCUCAAGACGACGAGCAUCACGGAUGGAGGUUAUUCAGACGACAGCGUAUCCGGUUUCCCAACUGGACUCAAGCAUGGCAGUGUCACGCCGUUGACGCAGGAUGAAUAUGAUAGGAUAGCUGCAAAAUACCCAUCCUAG